UCAGUUUUGGGCGAACAGUGAUAUCGGGUGGGAGCGAAAGGCCUUUUCGUCUGUGCCCUUUGUAAAUCUGUCUCGUAAUAACAGCAUGGAAGCCCUUUCGGAGUUUUUGUCGCUAUUUUAAACCUUUUUACUAGUAUGGGUUUAUUCGAAGGAUAUUUUGGAUCUUAAGUAGCCUAGUGAUCGCGUAAACAAGUGUUGUUCAAUAUGGUUUUAUGGUGGAAUCUUGGUGGCUACUUUGAGUCUUGCGUUAUUGAGUUGAAACGAGUAAACUUUGGAAAGCUACCAGAAAUCCAGAAUCGUGUAGACCUCUAAACAGAUUGAUUCCAUGUGCGGAUUAUGUCAUAGGAAUAUUUCAUGGAAACGACACCUACCGAAUAGUUAGGAGGGAACUCGUGUGCUCAGUAUAAACCCCAACCUUUGAAGAUCAGCCUCCUUUACCUGGGAAAUAAUUGUCUGGAAUAUAACCGAAUCGCGUGUUUUGCUUUGACGGAGAACUAUUCGUCAUUGCCAUAAGUGAGCGCGUUAUUGAUCACUAGUGAGUUCGCUUCAUUAUAGAUUCCCCCAUCAUAUCUGGUCCACUCGAAUGCACUCAUUCUCGGCACGUGUCUACACACCGUCACCAUCUUUUAUAGAUCUAUGAACCAUCUCGGUAUAUAACCGUUCCGAUCGAUACCACCUAAUUAUAUCGCGCGCGUGAGAAUCGAGCGUCGGCAGCUGCCCAGAGGUCACUCCGGCAAGUCAAAUAUGGUUGGGAUUUCUGGUGGUGUUCUACCAAUGGAGUAAAUACUGAGAGAUGGUGAUCAUAUCUUGAGGAUUAUAUCGCUGCCGAGACGAGCCGGUUGUGAUCGAUUGUUUUCAUUACUGGAAUGUGAGUCUUCAAGGUCGUCUGGUCCAUGAUCUUCAAGGUCACGUGAUGUUAUUUCUCAAUUUAUGCGGAUGAGUCAACGUGCUUCAUCAGUUUACCCUUUUCUUGCCCGCUGUUGAUACUAAUAUGACACUUGAUGAAUUUCUAUUACUGCAUACCGUGGAGGUUUCUUCGCAACGUGUAUGAUACCGUGCGAAUCUGUAUGCUGGAUGUUGCCCAGGUCGACCUGAUAUCUCAAAGCCUCACAGAGAAAUCUGAGACAGACAUGGAGGCCAGGAAGCCCGAAGGUGACCUGGAGGUCAUGAAACCGAAGCAAGUUGAGGUAUGGCUUGAUGCAAACCGUGAUUGGUUCGAAGACUUUUUUCUAAAGGGUGCCAACAGAGACUUGGUGGAGAAGUGGUUGGACUUACACAAAGAUGAAGAUACAGCUUCACCUCUGAGUUCUUCUAGUCCAACAAAUACACCAAGUCCAAGUUCUCCAAGUCCUAUUAACAAUCCACCCAUACAACCGAUACCACCCAUGUCUCCUCAAACUACCAGAAGAGUGACAUUGUCCGAGCCGGAAGACAAAUCUGAAAGUAACUCAUCCGAUGAAGGAAUCGCGAACAUCCCCGUUAGACCCCGAUCAGGAUCAAGGCAAUACCUAAGACAGGACUUUGCGAAAGCGCGCUCUAAGACUGUAUUCAGCACGUGGGCCGCUGGAACUGGUGCGCGUGAUAGUUCUAUGCAAUUAGAUUCUGAGCCAUUGUCACCAAAGGAGAGAGCCAUGGGUGAUGGCACUGGCAAAGGCUUCGCAGGCAGGAGAAGAUUACGUCGAGCCUCGACGGUGCCACCACCCCAGACUUUUGCAAGUACUCUGAGCUCUUUGUUGGAACCUCGGGUACGACUCCCGCAUCGCACAAGCAUCACUCACGAAGCAAAGCUUCAGCUACGAUCAGCGAACGAACGCGAGUUUUUCCUGGCUCUUGUCAAAGACAUCUCUCAUGAUCUAGACCUGAACAGUCUCCGUGGUAAGAUCCUCUCUAAUGUGGGUAUUCUAGUGGACGCCGAACGCGUAGAACUAUUCCUGCUGGAAGGACCUAAAGGAAAGGAAGUGCUAGUAUCAAAGAAACGUGAUCUCUCACCAGGAGUUCCUACACAUCGCCCUACGGAUUGGUUACUUGGAUUUGGCAAGACAGAUCCAGAAGGAUCUCUUAUAGUCAAGGUUGGUGAGAGCUUGAUUGGAAAGGUUGCUGAGACUGGCCGCGCCGUCAAGAUAUCCAGUCCUGUUGAGGCUCGUCCCACAACUUGUGAAAACUGUGCAAACUUCUCCCCAAACUGUCACGUGCGAAUCAUGAAAUACGGCUCAUAUAUUCCGGAACCGCCAUGUUUGAAUGACGUACAACCCAAUCUCGGGUCCAGGGCGGAAUCCCUUCUGUGUCUGCCAAUCAGAAACAGUGAAGAUGACGUCAUCGGUGUGGCGCUGGUCAUCAACAAGGUUACAGGGGCAACAUUCUCUGCGGAUGACGAAAAGCUCUUGGAGACUUAUCUGACGUUCUGUGGUAUCGGGAUCAGUAACGCCAUGCUCUUCGACACAUACAUGAAGGAAUACGACAGAAAUAGGAAACUCUUAGAAGUUGCUCAUGACCUGUUUGAAGAGCAGACGAGUCUGGACAACGUUGUUCAGAAAACGAUGCUACGGGCCCAGUCAUUACUCAAGUGUGAACGCUGCUCAGUAAUGAUCAUCAAAGAUCCGUCGGCAGAGACGAUCACGUUUUCGAAAGUCUUCGAUCUUCCUGGGUCGACAUCGAACGGGCACACGAACCCGACCUUCGCAUCGGGGGAUAUCAAACUAGCAAAUGGAAUAAUUGAACAAGUGGCAAUAAGUGGAGAAAGUGUUAAUGUCAGCGAUGGACAGAAUGAUCCAAGGAUCGACAAGGAGUUAGACAAGUCGAUAGGCUUCCAAACCAAUUCACUACUAUGCAUGCCCAUUCGAGAUAACAAGUGCCAGACGAUAGGUGUCGCCCAGGUUUUGAAUAGGACAGACGGUUUCCCAUUUGAUGAGAAUGAUGAGCAGCUAUUCGAGGCAUUCACAAUAUUCUGCGGACUGGGUAUCAACAACACCAUCAUGUUCAACGAGGUGACCAAGGCAAUGGCCAAACAACAGGUUGCAUUGGAAGUUCUCUCUUAUCACGCAUGUACCACCAAGCAAGAGGUCAGAGCUUUAAAGGAUGCACGUCUUCCAGACAUCAAGAAGCUUAAGCUGGUUAGGUUUGAUUUCGAUGACUUCUCAUUAGAAGCAGACGAGAUGUUGAAAGCAUCCCUCAAGAUGUAUAUCCAGACGGGCUUCCUUGAUAAAUUCAAGAUUAGCCAGGAUGUCUUGAGUCGAUGGUUGCUGACAGUACGCAAGAACUACAGGCCUGUUGCCUACCACAACUUUAGACAUGCCUUCAACGUUCAGCAAGUCAUGUUUGCCAUACUACAGAAUACAGGGGUAGCGAAGUACCUGUCGGAUAUCGAACAGCUGACACUCCUUGUAGGGUGUCUCUGCCAUGACCUGGAUCACAGAGGAACGAAUAAUGCCUACCAAGAAAAGUCUCAGUCACCUCUAGCUCAGCUGUAUGGUUCUAAGGCUACCAUGGAGUAUCAUCACUUCAACCACGCAGUCAUGAUUCUUAGUAGCCAGGGUCACAACAUCUUCGGGAACUUGUCACCUGAGCAGUAUAGCGAGGCAAUGAAUAUCCUCAAGCAUUCGAUAAUCUCGACCGACCUCGCCCUCCACUUCAAAGUUCGGGGCCAAUUCUUUGAGAUGAUAAGGAAUCAGACCCAUAACUGGAAUUCACCACAAAACAAAGAACUUCUCAGGUCGAUAUUGAUGACGGCGAGUGAUGUUGCUGCGAGCACGAAACCAUGGAGGAUACAACAGAAAAUUGCCGAACUGGUGACGAGUGAGUUCUUUGAUCAGGGAGACAUGGAGCGGAAGGAACUCAAAAUCGAACCCACGUCUAUGUUCGACCGGAGCAGAAAAGAUGAGCUCCCAGAAAUGCAGCUUGGUUUCAUUGACGGAGUCUGUAUACCACUUUAUGAGUCUCUCGUUCAUGUGUCAGUCAAGUUCAGACCUAUGCUGGAUGGUGUGACAGCUAACAGACAGAAGUGGUACGACCUCAACGAACAGAGGAAGAGAAGGAAAAAAAGCUCUUAUCACAACUCGAAGCAAGGGAGCGUAUAGUUCCCAAAGUAUCAUGAAUGAACAAUAGCCAAUCACAACAAUUGGAAGUGAAUGGAACUCUAAAUGACUUUGCGUGCAACUUGUGCAAGAGAGUAUUGCUACUGCGUGCUACAGUAAGACUCUGUGAAAAGGAUUAUACUACAUCAAGACUCUGAAAGCGAUAUAUAUGGCAGUCUCUGGACCUUGAGAAGGAAUUAAAUGAAUGGUUUACUCGGACAUUGUUUGAUGGUUUGUUUUAACCCUGACUGCUAAGAAAUUGUGAGUAAGAAGCCAGGUGACCGAUGGCUUGAAGUCCUCUCCGAGGGACUGAGUAAUUAGGAGUAAUGCCUUAUCAAAGGGCACUGGUGCAUCGACUUGGUUUUGAACCCAGGAUCUCUCAGUUACGAGAUCACUGCUCUACCACUGAGCCAUCGGGCCUCCAUUUAAUGAGGGCAUAUUGAUGAACAGAGGGUGUACGAACAGGAAUUAGGCAAAUUCGUUGAAACCAAUAAUUAUGAGCAAGAGAAAGAGAGAGAGAGAGGGUGAGAGAAAGAGAAAGAG